AUGGACGAACUCAAUAAGGAGGCCGAAAGGUUCAAGAGCCUACUUACAGGUUUGGACCAAGAUCAAUAUGCCGCAACUAGGCUCGACGACAUGUCUCAGGAGCUUUGCCUCAUCCAAUCUCAACGGGAUGCAACCAAGGAAAUGAUAAGCAUGAAUAGAUUGCAGCUCUUCAUGGACAACAUGGCCGACUUUGAAGACACUCUUAUUGACCUCGAGUUCCCGGGAGCCAGGCAGGCGAUGGCAUAUGUCUGGGGGUCAGUUCGAUAUCUUCUCAAGCGCACGAAUCCUACGGAAAAAGCAUUCGACAAUAUUCUCGAUACUUAUGAGCUCCUUGGCGUCAAACUCAUCAGAGUAUCCGAAUACACGGCAUUCUUUCGUGAGGUUCCGGCGGCGCAGGAGUACUUGGUCAACAUCUAUAAGGACGUGCAGCACUUUCACUCCCUGGCAUACAAGCUCUUCUUCACCUUUCGCACGAAACUUUGGCAGAAGCUACAUAAGCCCAUCUGGAAAGACCUCAGGACCACCUUCAGUCACAUCGCCGAUUCUCUACGCUUGCACGCCUCAAAAAUUCAGGAGUAUGGCAAACCGUUUCGAGACCCCGAUAGCUAUCGCACGGAUGGGCACGGGCGUAUAGACUCAGGUAUUGAUCCAAACCAGGCAGUGAAUCCUGACCAAGUCCCGAGGGAGAUUUCUGAGUACCGUGCCGAGUUGAACGAACUCCAGCGUAAGUUCGAAGAGGAGGAGGAGACGAGGAAGAGGAAGAUGAAAAACGAUGCCAUUGCUUGGAUUUCAUCUUCAACCAAGAUCAAGAAGUUGCAAGAUGAUUUCCGCAGAAUGAGAAUCUGCAAGAAUACCGGUCGCUGGCUUUUCAGAAGGUACCGAGGUGUUUCAGAGUGGCUAACAGAGGAGGGGGGGAAUGAAGGGAGUCUGUCACAGUCCACCAUCUGGCUACAUGGCAACAGGGGAUUCGGCAAGACGAUCCUCACCUCACUUGUCAUUGAUGAGUUGGAGGACCUCAAAGAAAGAGAACAUCCGUUGAUCCCUCCAAACAGCAAGACGUACUACUUCUACUGCCAGGAAGAAGAUGACGAGCACAGGACUUAUCUGGAAAUCCUCAAGGGGAUUCUCUUUCAGAUGGUCAAGCAAGAUGACUACAUUGUCCCUCUUUGUCAUGAGAAGAUGUCACAAGGAGGAUGCAGCUCUCUUUCCGACGCUGACACAGCCAAGUCACUCAUAGAGACCAUCGUGCAGUACAACCCCAGACAGUACAUAGUCAUCGACGGGCUAGACGAGUGUGAACCCGCAGAGAUUCGACAGACGAUCGAAUUCUUCACUAAGCUGGUUGAGAUGUGCGACAAUGCGAACGAGCAUGGACAGCUGAGACUCAUGAUUAUGAGCCGAGACGUCCCAGAGAUCAAGAAAUGCAUGACAGAUGACGAUGCCAUCAUUCCACUCAGGCCCACUGACAACGCCGAAGAUAUCAAGGCCUUUGUGAGGAAGAGGCUUCCUGAGUUUUCGAGAUGUGAUGACAACUUGGGCUUCAAUCUUUCAGAACAGGACAAGGACUCAAUUGAAAGCUUGAUAUGUCGUCGGAGUGAAGACUCGUUUCUUUAUGCGCACCUAGCUAUUGAGAGUCUUUUGCAGCACAUCACGAAAGGGGAUCUGCUAAGAGAAAUUAAACAAGACAUCUUACCGGAAGAACUGGGGAGAAUGUACGAGAUGCUCCUUGGUAAUUUGGAGAAGACGAUCAAGAGACAGCCGGGAGGUUCUCGCGUGUGGGAAAAGUCAAAGUUGCUUCUAGGGUGGCUUGUCUGUGCGAAACGGCCCCUGAAGUGGCACGAGAUGCAAGCCAUUCUGUCUUUUGAUGCUCAGGAGAAAACGGUCGAUUUUGACAAUCUCAUGUUGAAGGAUGAUGUGCGGAGAUACCUGGGAUCUAUUGUGCAUGUCCUUGAUGGAGAUCAUGUCCGGCUCAUUCAUACGACGGCACGGAGGCACAUUGUCAGCAACAAACACAUCAACGAGAAGAAGGUUCAAUGCGAGCUAACUAGCCUAUGCCUGCGGUAUCUGUCACUUCCCUGCUUCACCAAGACUUACACAUCAACCCUGCGACGGGACCAAGCCAAAAACGGCUGGUUCUCCUUUCAGGACUAUGCCUGCUCCAAAUGGGAAUCCCACAUCGACACCUUCAUCAGAGAAUGCAGCGGCCUGUUUGGUCCCGCCAUUGAUUGGGAAAAGGAACAGCAUGAUUUUGAAGCAGCUCUGCAGUUGUUCAUUGACACACACGGCGAAGAUAUCAAGGCUGACCUGCAUGCAAAUCUUGACACCAGUGCCCUUAAAAAGUUUGAGCAUACGACGUUCUAUGACAACCUCUGUAUGUUGUGGAAUCGCAUCUAUAUCCAUCAGCAGGGCAAAGAUGAGGAAAGAAACAAGGUUGGCAUCCCUCAGAUCAACGCCUCUCUUCUUGACAACAGGGCUGCUCUGGAAGAUUACAAGCCCGACCACGAAGUCCUCGGCACAAGGCUCAUCAAGGACCUUUAUGGCUUGAAUCUUUUCAAAUGUCGUCGCACUCUUUGUCGCUACUUCUACAUUGGCUGGGACACAGAGGCGGCCCGUAAAAGCCACGAAAACAGGCACGACAGGCCGUUCCCGUGCCCUGUGAGCUGCAACUCGGCACCCAUCGGCUUCUCGACAAACAAGGACAAGGAUCGUCACGUUCGCAUCUACCAUCCCGAGUUGGCUGAGGGUCCUUCUGUUUUCGAGGCGCUGAGCCGUAAGCAGGCUACGGGACCUGCGCGGUUCACGUGUCAUAUCUGUGGCAAGAACUUUACGAGGAAGAUCAAUCUCAGCGGGCAUGAGAGGAGUCACUAUGGGGAUAGACCAUAUCAGUGUUCGUUUUGUGACAAGGCUUUUGCGAGGAUGAAUGAUUGUCGGAGGCACGAGAAGAUUCACAAAAAGGACAAAUGA